UCGCUCUGGACCACUUAAAUAUCAUAGGCGGGAUUUGCUUGUGAUUACCGGUGAUUCACAUGGUCUAUGAAUGAACCAGAAGAGCAUAGUUUUCAUAUUUUUCGCCUCGUACCCUUCUGAUUCGUUUAAAGGGGACAUUUUUGAACAGGAAUCCACAGAGAACCCGAAUCAGAAAAUUUUUCACACCGCGGCGGCCUCACAGCAUGGACUAAAUAGUUGCCCAAAUGCUCUGGCGCUAUGUUUGGAAUGUUUUCAAAAAAGUCACCAAGGCAAAUAUAAGUCGGAAAGAUUGACUGAGGCUGUUGAAGAUAUUAAAAAACAAUUAGGUCCAAUUUUCCGUUUAAAUUUGGGUGGUACAAAUAUUGUGAUCACUACAAAUGCUGACGAUGCUGAAACUAUGUUUAGAAAUGAAGGUAUUAGACCUGGAAGACCUCCUUUUCUAGCACUUCAUCAUUAUCGCAAGAAACGUUUUAACAGUGUAGGAGUUGUUCCUGGUAAUGGUGAAGAAUGGUAUAAAUUUAGAGGAGGCGUUAAUCCUUUACUGAAGGUUAACCUGAUUGAUUCUUUUAAAAAGGAGCAACAAGAUAUUGCUGAAAAGUUUGUUAUUUAUAUUAGAAAGGAGAUGGAUCAAGAUAAGGUUGUCUAUAAUAUUCUUGAGCACCUAUUGAAAUUUGCUAUUGAAGCCAUAUCAGUUGUUUGCCCUGGAUACAGAUUCCGUUGUAUAUCUGGGCAGGAUAAACAAGCCGAAGAGAUAAUCCAUGCUAGCAAGGAGUUUUUAGAUGGACUUUACAAGACACUUAUUGGUCCUCCAAUAUGGAAAGUGUUUGAAACUUCUGGAUAUAAGCAGUUAAAAACUUCUCAUGAAUUUAUCUAUAGGAGUUUGGAACAAAUUUUAAAAUCUCUUAAAAAGAUAUAUGACACUCAUCCCGAAUCUUUAAAGAAAACUCAUCCAUAUAUGUACACAUUAUUCGAUAAUAAAAAAUUUACGCAAGAUGACCGCAACAUGUUAGCAAUAGAAGUGUUUUUAGGGGGAAUUGACACAACAGCUACAACCUUAGCUCUCACUAUGUUCUAUUUUGCACAAAAUGAAAAUAUCCAAGACAAAGCUCGACAAUCUAUACUUGAUGAUGAUACAUAUUUAAGGGCUUGUUUAAAGGAAACUUUGAGGCUUUCACCUACUGCAGGUGCAAAUAGUAGAUUUCUGGCACAAGACGCUAUUAUUGGAGGCUAUCUCAUACCAAAAAAUACGCUGGUAACUGCAUUUAGUUCGGUGAUGUCAAACAGCUCAGAAUAUUUUGAAUAUCACGAUCAGUACAUUCCAGAUAGGUGGUUAAGAAAUUCGAAUAAAAAAUUCCACAAGUUCGUAUCGUUGCCUUUUGGUUAUGGUCCAAGGAUGUGCCCAGGAAAACGAGUAGCUGAAAUGGAGAUGGUAACUUUGUUGAAAGAGAUUUUAAAAAACUUCCGUUUAGAAGUGAACGACAAGAGGAAAAUGGGUAUGGUGUACAGGAUGAACAGGAUCCCGGAUAGGUCUAUCAAUAUUAAAUUUUUAGAUACAAAUCACUAAAUAUUUAUUAGGUCAUUGUACAACAAUACAUAAUGUCUUAAUAUACAUUUUUAUAUACAA